AUGUGGCGCACUAGACCAGGAGGAUUCUAUGGCCUUCGAGCUGAAAUUAGUAUAUGGGGUUCACCAAAUCAAGAAUACUCUCAAGACUCCGGAGCAUCCAUACAAAUUUAUUGUCAAGAUGGAGGACACUACAACUUAAUUGAAGCCGGGUUUCAUGUAUCCCCUUCUUUGUAUCAUAAUAGAGAUGUCCGUUUCUUCACAUAUUGGACGAAGGACUUUAAAUCAGCGGGCUGCUACAACUUGCGGUGCAAAGGAUUUGUUCCUGCAAGUGGAGCUGCACUAGUGCCUGGGCAAGCAGUUACUCCCCCAUCAAGUUAUGGCGAGUAUGACCACUACGUUAGGCUUAGUCUUAAUAAGGAUCCCAAAUCCGAAGAUUGGGUGGUGUACCGUCACGAUUUGCAAACCCCGUCGUUCUUGGGUUAUUUUCCAGUGCAACUUUGUUCUGGAACACCGCGUAUAGAAGCAUUGCCUGGAUUUGUCAAUUACUUAAAAAGUACUCAUGGUCCUCCAAUGGGUAGUGGUCACUUUCCUGAUGAGAAGGAUGAUGACAAGACAACAGCGUACUUCAGGCAUGUUAAGAACUACGACUCCAAAGGUCGCGCUUUCGAACCAGUUACAGUUAAUAUGACCCCUUUAGUUGACAAGCCGGAUUGUUACACGGAAACUGAUUUCCUUCCUGGUAUCAACAAGGGGUACCAUUUUCACUAUGGUGGACCAAGUGGUUGUGUUGGUUGA